CCCUGGCCUACGAUGGGCUCAGAUGAUGAGAAACAUCAUGGAUUUGGUUUUCUUCUGUCUUGUUCAGGAGCCUGGCAGAGAGGCCAAAUUCCUAGGGCAUAACUUGGCUCUUCUAACAGACAUGUGGUAUCUUACUAGGAUCUCCCUCCUCUUGCUGCAGAGUUGCCUGAGUUAGCGGGGUCUUUCUGUCCACUCUAGCACAGGAGGCAGAGAGACCACUUUCAGCUUUUUAUUCCUCCAGUUAUUUCCUAGACUUCUUGAGUGGGUGAGGCAGAAAGAAUAGAGCAUUCAUUGAAUCCGAAGCACAUCUGCCAGGAGGUGGAAAUUAAAGCUGGCCUGGUUGCUGUCCUUCUGACCUUUCUGGACACUUAAGAGCAGAUGGACAAACUCUUCUGUCUUUUACUGGUGCAUUGAGUUGUCUGUAAGAAAUGUUUGCCAAGGCUGUGGCGGGCUGUAAGUGUUCAAGGGCUGGACGCAUCCCAUGGGUGUGGGGGAUUCUUACGUGAACAAGUAGCAGAAACCUGAGCAAAAAGGGGAGGAGGCAAGAGCGGAAACAAAAAUAUUUCACACUUGAACAAGUGCCAAGGACAAAAUUGGAUUGCAGGAAACUUCUGCAGUGGUGUGGUGUGGGAUUUUUUUCUUCUCCCAUUAAAGACGCUGAACUAACAGUGUGCUACUGCCAGUGGUGGUGCUGGCCAGGCUGUGAGCCCAUCCUGUCACUGUGCUGGCAGCAGGGUGUGUUAUGAGAGAACCAGGGGGUUGCUGAGGACUCCUUCAGCUGGAGGAAGCAGCGUGGUGCCAGCCUGGGCUGGUCUCUGCGAUUACGUCCCUGCGGGUGUGCCGGUUAAAACCCUGCCGGGGAGCGGCGCAGCGCAGACACAUGCGAGCCGAGUGGAGUUGCCUCAGCUAAGGAGCGAUGGCAUCGGCAUGUCCCCCUGCGGCCACCACGCAGCCCACCGUGCCCUCCGGACCAGCCAUCUUCAAAACCGUUCCCUAUGCCUUCAUCCUACCGGAGAUACUCUGCGGGACCUGGGUCUGGAUCCUUGUUGCUGCUACCUCCGUCUCUCUCCCGCUGCAGCAGGGAUGGGUGAUGUAUGUAUCCCUCACCUCCUGCCUCAUCUCCCUGCUGCUCCUCCUAAGUUACAUCUUUGGCUUUCACAGAAACAGCAACAACUGGAAAGUGCUGGAUAGUUUGUACCACGGUGCCACAGCCAUUCUGUACAUGAGUGCUGCUGUCUUGCAAGCCAAUGCAACAAUCGAGUCUGAGUUCAACACCAAAUCACCGCUCUACUACUACCAGCUCAACUGCGCGGCAUCGUUCUUUGCCUUCAUCACGACCUUCCUGUACAUCCUCCACGCUUUCAGCAUCUACUACCAGUGAGCACGGCAGAGGCAGUGUCACCUUCCCUGCUGCAGGAUGAGGCUUUCCCAGAGCAUGUGUGCAGCAGCUGGCUUCCGCGUAGGCAUGCCAGCACCUCCACCAACCCCAGCGAGAUGCGGUUGCUUUUCCACAUUAUUGAAGGCAGGAU